UAAUUAAUUAGGACCUUUGCCACUAAUCUUGCUCUAACAAUAUUCUCCAGUACAGCAGCUUUCUUAUUUCAUAAACACAUACACACAGGUUUAGUAUUGAAGAAGAUGGCUGGUGGCAAGGAAGUGGCAAAAGAAGUCGAAUGGAGGAUCAAGGUAGAAGAAGAUGGCACAUUGGAGAGAAGAGUGGUUGGUUGCAUGUGGGAAAUUACAGCAGGUUUGGCUUUGAGGUUGUGCAAGUUUGUGAAGAAAGCAUGGGAGUUGGGGGUGAAUGAUCCAAGAAAAUUCAUCCAUUGCUUGAAAGUAGGGAUUGCACUUUCAGCUGUUUCCCUCUUCUACUAUUGGAAGCCUUUGUAUGAUGGCGUUGGAGGAAAUGCUAUGUGGGCUGUCAUGACUGUCAUUGUAGUGUUUGAGUACACGGCUGGUGCAACCAUAUGUAAAACUGUUAACAGAAUUUGUGGAACUUUCCUCGCUGGAUUUCUAGGCAUUGGUGUACAUUGGGUAGCUAGUAAAGCAGGAGAUCAAUAUGAACCCAUAAUCACUGGACUCUCUCUUUUUAUUUUAGCUUCGGCAGCAACAUUCUCGAGGUUCAUCCCCACCAUAAAGGCUCGUUUUGAUUAUGGUGCUAUGAUAUUCAUCCUCACUUUCAGCUUGGUGUCAGUAUCGGGUUAUCGUGUUGAUGAGUUGUUGGCUUUGGCACAGUACAGAAUGUUCACGAUUAUAGCUGGCAGCAUUUUGUGCAUAAUUGUUAGCGUCAUCAUUCGCCCCAUCUGGGCUGGUCAGGAACUCUAUGUUUUAGUCACAGGGAACCUCGACAAAUUGGCCAACUCCUUGCAAUGUUGUGUGGUUCAGUAUUUCGCUUGUAGUGCCCCAGAAGCAGAAAGUGAUGAUGAGUGUAGCAAAAAGUUGCUAGGCUACAAGUGUGUGCUAAGUUCCAAAGCGACAGAGGAAACCAUGGCAAAUUUAGCUAGAUGGGAACCUGCUCAUGGCCGCUUCAACUUCCGUCACCCGUGGAAGCAAUAUGUUAAAAUUGGGGCCUCAAUGCGUAGUUGUGCUUCCUGUAUAGAUGCUCUUAUUGGAUGUAUAAAUUCAGACAACAAGGCCUCUGAUGAGAUGAAGAAGACUAUGAGCAGCAUCUCCAUGAAAGUGGGUGGCAAGUGUGCGAGUGUGAUAAGGGAGCUAGCAAGCACAAUAAGGAACACGAAAAAAUCAUCAAAACUUGAUAUUCUGGUUACUGAGAUGAAUAGUGCUGCACAAGAGCUCCGUAGUUUAUUAAACUCUUAUCCAAACUUGGUUAACCCUACGUCACAUGAUGCAAAACGUACACCUGAUGAUGUAGCUGCAAAGAUAGAAAUCCCACUUAUGGAAAUUAUUCAAGUUGUGACCGUAGCUUCUCUGCUUAAUGAAAUUGUGGCACGUGUGGAAGGCAUAGUGGAAGCUGUUGAGGAACUUUCAGAUUUAGCUGAAUUCAAACCAGAAAUGUGUGUCAAGUCCAAACAACAACAUUCAGCGGACAGCAAGAUCUCCCCAGAACAACAGAAUGAUGAUAAGGAAGCCGAAAACACUCCAAAUGGUCUGAAUGAAGAUAUGAACAUAUAAUAAUAUACAUGACAUUUCAGGUCUGUAUUUUGCAUAUUCUUUGAUCCAUGAAUAUAUAUGAAUAAUGUAUAUGAGAUCAUUUCGUCUAUAGGCCCAUCAACACGUGUAAAUUUACCUUCCAAACUUAUGCUCCGCCUCCUAGUAAUUAAGUUUGUCACUCAUACAUGUGAUCAUGUAACAAUUAUAGACCAUGAUUUUUAUUAUCGUUACUACUUUUGUCGUUAAUUAUAAGACCCCUCUGUCCUUAUGUUUAUACAUGAAAUUUGAGGUCUGUAUGAUCUAUGAAUAUAUAUGAGAUCAUUUUGUUCGUAGGCCAAUCAACACGUGUAAAUUUACUUAUGUUCCUAGUAAUAAGUUUAUAUCACUCAUACAUGUGAUCA